AUGUCAGAGACCUCGAACACACGACCAUUAAAUAACAUGGCAAUACAAGACAUAUUGACGGAAGAGUCUCCUCCUCCAUAUACACCAAGUCCCAAUGCGGGAGAACAGUCUGUUGCGUUUGGCCCUUCACGGCCGUGGGCAGAAGGCACAUAUCAACAACCUACAUAUCGACCUCCGCAUCCACAAGGAAUGAGGCCCCCGCAACCUAUGUAUUAUAACCAACCCACACAAACAACAUAUACAGUCGUCUCGUCCUCGGGAUAUCCAAAUACUCAUACGCUUACAUAUCCCCAUGGACAUUAUUGUUAUAAGUGCAAGAACACAGGAUUUAAAAAACCUGGAAAAGCAUGUAGAGAUUGCUGGUCUAGAUUUAGCACUCCUGCAGCGGUAAGUCAUUAUCCAGCACAAAGUUAUGCCCGUCCGGCAAUCACUCAAGCGGCUCCCGGAGCAGGAGCAGGCAGAGGAUAUAUUCAAUAUUCUCAGCCUGGCAAUCCCCAACUGGGUGGAAGACUAUGUCCGGUGUGUAGAGGUCCAGGUAACAUAAAAAUGCCGCUAUUCGGAACGCAAUUAUGUCCAGCGUGCAAAGGUGUUGGAAGAGUUUAUAGUGUCUAUUGA